AUGGAUCUCACUUAUUGGUCGUUCUCGACUCUGGGGCCGGCAGCGGUCAUCCUAGGUCUGGCUGUUGAGACGACCGCUUAUCAAUUAUUCAAUGCGACUCCAUCCGGCAUUCCCACGACUUGCGGUGAUGCAUUGAUGGCAAACAUUACGUGUGAUCAACUCUAUCCAGUCUCUGCAAUCUCAAAUCAACAAUACAUCUGGAACAAAACGCUUGAAUCGAUUUGCGUGUCAGACUGCAAGGACUCCUUGUAUGACUAUCGCACCAAUGUGGAGAGUGCUUGUGGAACCACAGUGUAUGAUUUCUCGGGAGUCAAUCAAACUGUACAAAGUUUCUUGGAUCCUCUGACAUGGGCUUAUAACGUUUCCUGUCUGACGAGUGGUGGUGAAUACUGCUAUUCAGACAUCACCAAACGCAACACCACUAUCGAGCCUUGUUCUGAUUGCUUCUUGCAGUAUGAGGCAUCCAUGCUAGGCUCGGUAUAUGGAAGACAGCGUGUCGAUCCUGGAUCUUUCUCCUCUCUCCUCUCUUCCUGCAAUGUUCCAGCCUCAAGCUAUCCCUAUUCAACAACAACGAGUACCAGCACUUCGACUACUGCAUCUGUUACUAGCUCAGCUGCCACAACGUGCACCGGGACCGCUUAUACGGUUCAAGAUGGUGAUACCUGCAGCUCAAUUGCGGCGGUCCAUGACAUUGCUACAGAUAGGUUCAUUACUGAAAACCAUUUGGAUGCAAAUUGCACAACUCUAAGCGUUGGAAACAACGUCUGCCUAGGCGCAAGCUGUGACUUGUACCAAGUUGAUAUGGGCGACACCUGCAGCUCCAUUCUUUCAAACCAUACAUUUUACAUGAAUCAGAUUCUAUCUUGGAACCCGUGA